CGAGGUGUAUAAAACUUGACGUCAAUGGCUAGGCUUUCAUUUUCGUCAGACCUGCCGACUCACUGAAGAUCUUUAUGUCUGUGUGAGAACAGGUUAUCUGCACCGGUUUAAAUAUCCUCUCCAAGGAUUUCUCUUUAAAUCUGCAAUAUGCGUGAAUGUAUCAGCGUCCACAUCGGCCAAGCUGGCGUCCAGAUCGGCAAUGCAUGCUGGGAGUUGUACUGUCUGGAGCACGGCAUCCAGCCUGAUGGUCAGAUGCCCUCAGACAAGACCAUCGGGGGUGUGGACGACUCCUUCAACACCUUCUUCAGCGAGACGGGGUCGGGGAAACACGUCCCUCGGGCCGUCUUCGUUGAUCUGGAGCCAACGGUUGUAGAUGAGGUCCGUUCCGGCUCCUACCGACAACUGUUCCACCCCGAGCAGCUCAUCACCGGCAAGGAGGACGCCGCCAACAACUACGCUCGUGGACACUACACCAUCGGCAAAGAGAUCGUCGACCUCGUCCUUGACCGCAUCAGGAAGUUGGCUGACCAGUGCACCGGUCUCCAGGGCUUCCUGCUGUUCCAUAGCUUCGGUGGCGGCACUGGCUCCGGCUUCACCUCUCUGUUGAUGGAGAGACUGUCCGUCGACUACGGCAAGAAGUCCAAGUUGGAGUUCUCAGUCUACCCCGCUCCUCAGAUCUCCACCGCCGUCGUGGAGCCCUACAACUCCAUCCUGACAACCCACACCACCCUGGAACACUCCGACUGCGCCUUCAUGGUCGACAACGAGGCCAUCUUCGACAUCUGCAAGCGUAACCUCGACAUUGAGCGCCCAAGCUAUACUAACCUGAACCGUCUGAUUGGCCAGAUUGUCAGCUCCAUCACUGCGUCUCUCCGUUUCGACGGUGCACUGAACGUGGAUCUGACUGAGUUCCAGACCAACUUGGUGCCAUACCCACGUAUCCACUUCCCUCUGGCUACCUACGCCCCGGUAAUUUCUGCAGAAAAGGCCUACCACGAGCAACUGUCUGUGCCCGAAAUCACUAAUGCUUGUUUCGAGCCCGCCAACCAGAUGGUCAAGUGUGACCCUCGUCACGGCAAGUACAUGGCCUGCUGUCUUCUGUACCGCGGUGAUGUUGUCCCCAAGGACGUCAACGCUGCUAUCGCUACCAUCAAGACCAAGAGAAGCAUCCAGUUCGUCGACUGGUGUCCCACUGGGUUCAAGGUCGGCAUCAACUACCAGCCACCCACUGUUGUCCCCGGCGGUGACUUGGCCAAGGUCCAGAGAGCUGUCUGCAUGUUGAGCAACACCACGGCCAUCGCCGAGGCAUGGGCUCGUCUUGACCACAAGUUCGACCUGAUGUACGCCAAGCGUGCCUUCGUCCACUGGUACGUGGGUGAGGGUAUGGAGGAAGGAGAGUUCUCCGAGGCCCGUGAGGACUUGGCUGCUCUGGAGAAGGACUACGAGGAGGUUGGAGUCGACUCAAUAGAAGGCGAAGGAGAAGGAGGGGAUGAAUACUAAAUGUUGGAAAAGGUUGUGACGUAUCUAUUCUUCCAUAUUACAAUGCGGGGUGACCCACAGUAUACGUCCGAACAGGUUGACCAAGAAGUGGGCCAAUCCAUCCUCGAUUGUCCUGGGUAUGAUAUCUCUAUUCCGGUAGGGUAUAAACCCUGGACUAAUUCGCCACGUUAGUUUCACACUGAGGCCGGUUUGAAUGACACGACUCUGCACCAACCAAAUUACACUGUUUAUCCGUAAUUUAUACAACCAACGGUAUAAACAGUUGAUUAUGAUGUUAAUCACUGGAUUGUCAACGUCGCUAUAUAAGUGCAAUAAUCUUGGACGCGACGUUAAACCCAAUUUAACGAUACCAUGACAUCGAAUGUAGAUGUAUUUUGAUUGUUGUUCAUUACAAACUCAUUGGCGAGAGAACUUCUCUGCUAAGUGAGUGAUAAGACGAACAAGGCUAUGGUGGCGUAUGAUCCAGGAAAUUGAUAACAGAGUGGAGAUACAAUACGCUGGAUAAUCGAGGGUGGAGCCAACCAGAAAUUGCUCAAAAUUCGAUUGCUUCAUGCUUCAUGCUUCAUACAGAUCAUGGUACUGUUUAUAUUCG